AUGGAUGUAACUUCUCUUGGUUGCCUUGCUGCUGCUGCAGGCACCUUUUCUUCGCACGAUUUUACUGAUCCCGCAGGAAGGCAAGGAAGGUUAAUUGAAGAGGUUAUUAUUGCCAGCUGGUUUCUUGUCUUCUUUCCUUUUACUCCAUCUGAGGCACAGGCCGUCCCAGCCCUGUUUAUGUUUGGGGACUCUAUUGUCGACAACGGAAAUAAUGCCAUUCUGCUUCCCAAAGAAACAGCCAGUCGUUUUCUUCCCUAUGGAUUUGAUUUCCCCACUGGUCCUACUGGUAGAUUUACAAAUGGGAUGAAUCCAGGCGAUGUGUUUGCUAACCUUUUGAAUCUUCCUCGUUUCAUUCCUGCUGUUCUCGAUCCCAAGGCGAAAGGCGAAAUGAUUUUGAACGGAGUUAACUAUGCCUCUGGAGGCUCCGGGAUUCUUGAUUAUCCUAAUUCCGAAGUUAUAUCGAUGAACAACCAGAUCAAGUUGUUUGAGAAUACAACUCUUCCAGAAUUGAGGGCGUUCCUUAACAAGACUCAGCUGUCCUCCCACGUGGAAAAGAGCAUUUUUGCAUUCAUUGCCGGAGGAAACGACUGCAUUGAGCUGUGUCAGAGACCCAUCGGAGAGAAAGAGUGCAAGGAAAAUCUCCUGCUCGUCAUGGGAAAUUACACUUUGCAAAUGAAGCUUUUUGCAGAACAGUCGUUGAAUCUAAAAAUUUAUAAUGUGAAGCUCUAUGGUUUAGGAGCUCGAAAGUUCGUGCUUUUUGGGGUAACACCGCUUGGGUGCAACCCGGCCUACCUGCCCAGUAACAAUUACAGAUGCAGAGAGGACUUGAAUUUUGCGGCUCAAUCAUUCAACAACAUGCUCAGAUCUUUAGUGGACACGCUUAACCAAGAUAUGCCAGCAGCCAAUUUUGUGCAUGUCAAUGCCUACAAAAUUCUCUAUGAUGUCUACAGGAAUCCUGCACCAGAGGGAUUUCGGGUGGUGGACAAGGCUUGUUGCGUUACAAACAGUACAGAUUCCACAAAAGGGCGUGCAUGCGUACCAGGGAGCACACCAUGCAAGAAUAGGCAUGAAUACAUGUACUACGAUGGUGCACACUGCACCGCCGCCACGUAUUUGAUCUUGGUGGGGAAGGCCUUUUACUCAAAGCAUUCGGAAGAGGUGUAUCCUGUUAAUAUUGCACGUCUCGCUGCAGAAUCUGGUCUACCAAGUUUCUAA